GAGCGGCAGCUGCACCAGCGUGGAGAAAGAAGAAAUAAAAGAAGGCCAGAAUUAAAAGCCGACGAUGCGAGAGAGAGAAGAGAGAAAGAAAACUAGAGUGAGGUAAGCUGCCUCACACCCAAAACCCUCCUCCCAUUGGCUUCCAAAGCCUUUCUUCGGACCACCUAGGCCAAUUUUUUCGCCCAAUUUGGGUCCAAAAUUCCAUUUUUUUAUUGCGAUUUCUUGAAUUCUUUAGGCCCGGCGCUUGCAAACGAGCAAGAGGGGGGGAGGGACAAAGCUUGGGAAUCGCGAGGCUGGCGUUGCUGUAGAGAGAUUGGUUGCUUGGAGUUGACGGCGUUUUCGAUGCUUUUCAUGGGACUUGCUUGCUGUCUAUAAGGACACUGGAUUGAUUCCUGAGAUGAGAUUCUGUGUUUCCGUUGUGUUCAAGUGAGACAGCCAUGGCUCAUCGUUGCGCCUUCCAAGAAUCAGAAGAGGAGGAGGAGGUGUUCUUCGACUCGAGGGAGGACAUAUCGCCUGCGUCCAAUUCGUGCCCCGGCAGCCCGGCAGUCCAUGAUGAUUCGUUGCCGGAACGAAAUUUCGUCGAUGGGCCCUCGAGCGACCCUGGGUACCGGGUCUGGAUCAAGAAGCCUGACAGUGUACAGGAGCGGCGAGAUAGGUUCAUGAGAUGGAUGGGUCUGGAUAUCUUUCGCGGUUCCUGUCGAGACUCUGCCGAUCAUGGCCAGGAGCUCAAGGAAGACACAGAAAUUAUGCCAGAAAUCGAUAGAAUUAUGUCGGAUGGGGGAGCUGUGCGGAGGAGCACUUGUUCGGAGAAUGGGUCUUCUUCGGUGGCCAGCUGCUGCAGUGAGGGCCCAAGCACAUCCAAUCAGGGGGCCUCGGAGGAGAGAUUCAAGUACAGAAUUAAGAAUUUGGAUGAUGGUAUUGCAGUGGAUAUGUCAGGUAAAGUUGGAAGCUUGAGACGUCCUCGUGAAGACGGUUUGAAUCAGAUGGCGAUGCUGGAUGAGUUCGAGGGAAGCUUUGGUCCAUCAUCUUUUUCCCAGCAGCUUAGGCCGCAAGAAGAUAAUGCAUCAAGCAAUUCCAACAAGAUGAUGAGAAGGAGAAAGAUUGGGUGGUUGCAGAAAUUGGGUGCUGUGGCUUGCAUUGUAGAUAGGCAAAUGGAGGAGAAUAGUUCAUGCAUCUCUGGUUCGGAGCAGGGUGGAUGUGCUAGGAUUCAGAGAGUAAAAGUCCAUCCAUAUAGGAAGCGAUCCAAGGAACUAUCGGCAGUGUACAAGAGCCAAGAGAUCCAAGCCCAUGAUGGUGCAAUCUUGACCAUGAAGUUUAGCCCUGAUGGCCAGUACUUGGCCAGUGGAGGCGAAGAUGGAGUCGUGCGCCUGUGGCGAGUGGUGGAACGUGAAAGGAAUGUGGACAGUGACUUUCCGGAGGAUGAUCCCUCAUGCAUAUAUUUUACAGUGAACCAUAAAUCUGAAUUAGCUCCCUUAUAUGCUGAUAAGGAGAAAAAAGCUAAAUCAAGGAGUAUGAAGAGGACUUCAUAUUCAGCUUGUGUUGUCAUACCCCCGGAAGUUUUUAGGAUAUCUGAGGAACCACUGCAUGAGUUUCGUGGGCAUGAUGGUGAUGUGUUGGAUCUUUCUUGGUCAAAAAAUAAGUAUCUACUUUCAUCAUCCAUAGACAAAACUGUCCGCCUGUGGCAAGUUGGAUCCAAUAGCUGCGUCAAAGCUUUUUACCACAGCAAUUAUGUGACGUGUGUUCAGUUUAAUCCUGUCGACGAGAAUUAUUUCAUUAGUGGCUCUAUAGAUGGAAAAGUUCGUAUUUGGGAAAUUCCGGGAUGCCAUGUAGUUGAUUGGACUGAUGCUAGAGAAAUUGUCACUGCAGUGUGUUACCGGCCAGAUGGAAAGGGAGGAGUAGUUGGCACUUUGACUGGGAAUUGUCGCUUUUAUGAUGCAUCAGAUAAUCAUCUACAACUGGAGGUUCAGGUCCCCCUACAGGGUAAAAAGAAGUCUCCAUUCAAGAGGAUAACUGGCUUUCAGUUUUGCCCAACCAAUCAUCGAAAACUACUGGUCACUUCUGCCGACUCACAAAUUCGAAUUCUUGAUGGGGUUGAUGUUGUCUCCAAAUACAAGGGUCUGCGGAAUGCUAGAAGUCAGAUGUCUGCGUCCUUCACUGCAGAUGGGCGGUAUAUCAUUUCCGCCAGUGAGGACUCUAAUGUAUAUGUCUGGAGCCAUGCAAACCAGGCAGUGCCUGCAUCCAACCGCUUGAAGAGCACCUGGUCUUGCGAGCGUAUCUUCUCCGACAAUGCAUCUAUUGCAAUACCUUGGAAUGGCCUAGAUUGUAGAAAUGCAGUCUCCGUCGCCUCCGAGGUUCUUCCUUCGCAACAUGUCUUUCGGGACCAAGCUGGAAAUACAGGUUGUUCUUGUCCCCAUUGCUGUGGAGAAGAUUCAUUGGGCGGCGGCAGCAGCAGCAGCAACCUCCAUCCGUCGCCUUUGGGUGGUAGUUUCGCUCUGAGCCAUGAGUUCUUCUCGGAGUUCCUGCCCAAAGGCUCAGCAACAUGGCCUGAGGAAAAGCUCCCCUCGAGCUCCACGACAGCAUCUAGCUUGUGUAAAUCCCAGUACAAGUUCCUGAAAACCUCUUGCCAGAGCACCUCCCAUGCGUGGGGCCAAGUUAUAGUAACUGCUGGAUUGGAUGGGCGGAUCAGGUGGUUCCAGAAUUAUGGAUUGCCGGUGCCGGUGUAGCUUGAUAGUAACCUACUAUUUUGAGCAUCGCCGCAUGCUGGAGUUGAUGCUCAGAGCAUAGCCUACUGAAUCGUGUGUGGGCCAAACUUGAAUGUAUUUGAGUGGUGGGCCUUUUGGUGUUUUCGUUUCUUUUCUUUUCUUUUCAUCUUUGGGGACUCUUCUGGGGUUUUGGUUUUAUAUGCCGCGAAAGCGAUGCGACAGAGUGGCUUGUAGAGCAGCGGACGGGGGCUAGUGGGACGGCUAAAUUGUAUUAUUGGACAGAGAAAAUCCAUUCAAUCAAAGAUUCAUUCAUUUAUUCUUAC